AUGGCUGCGGUGACUGCUUGGUUUAUCUUCAGAUUUCUGCAACAAGAAUCAGCCGCAGGGCGUCAAAGACGCCGCCAGAGAAACGAGUAUCUCCCCUCCAUUAUCAAGGAAUUGGUUUCUACAGCGGCACCACAAAAGUCCUUGGUCGAACUUGAGAUUCAGCUAGAAGAACUCUCGCAACUGCGACACAUUUUAAAGAUUGCCAUGCAAGAUCAGGAUGAUUGGAGUAACUUCAGUGUCAUUGACCAAUUUCAAACAGCAUCCAUCCGCUACCAACUAUGCGAGAUAAUCUAUGUCUUGGCUCUAGCCAAUAAGAUAUACACACCAUCUUUCAGGGGUGGCUAUUUACAGCGGGCACAGAAGAAGAGCACCAACUAUGAGCCCGUCAAAAAGGACAAUAUUAUGCUUACAGCCUUCCUUCUCCUGGCAAUCAGCCUCUAUGAAAGCGCAACUGGCGAUCAUACCUUUUCGGAAGAGAAUGCCUUGGAGCUCGUUAUCGACAAUAGCCACCGCUAUCGACAUUCAGCUACAACAUUGGCACAGGCCCUCUUCGAAAACUUUAGCAUCUCAUCAUAUUGCCUGUAUGCAUGCGAGCCCAACUGGAUAUACACAUUCUGCAAUUUGAACGGCAUAAAUAGCUUACUUGCACACGAUGAAAAUACGGGUCGACGCGAUGUGGAACUGGUUCGCGCCUCGUUCCAUAAAGCUUUAGUUGAGGACUUUAUGGACGAAAGUGGAAGCGCACACCCGAUUCGUUCAUCUCCGACCGGGCUACGUCUUCCUAACAUUGUUGGAGCUGCCAAUGAGUUCUCGGUUUCGUGCCUCGCCGCACCGAAUUUCCCUGACCUGUCGCUUCGUUCCUAUGCGAUUGCACGUCAUGAAUACAUGGAGUUUGACUCUCAGUGUAAACUUUCGUUCAAGAAUAUACAGAGCGGAGACAUGCUCGAUCCUGGAAACUACGGCAGUUCGAUGGCCUUGAUGUACGCGUCUAGUCUGAUGGCCGCACACGAGCAUGGGGACAAUGAGGUUACCCGCCAGAUUACCACCAUGAUUGACAAUGAUCAAGCUUUGCUACGGACUGAGAAAGACGGGUUUGUUUGGUACGAAGGAGCCUCGUUGUUCAUGAAGUGUCAACUUCUGCGCGCUCGGCUCUGGCUUCGGUCUGGCUGGAACCGCUUCAUGCAGCCUUCGAGUGAUGCAGUGCAACGUGGUCCAUAUCUUACAGAUGUCAACUUUGAAGAGGCCAUGGUCGCGAAAGCAAUAUCCUACACCGGCGAUGAUUUAGACCUCGUACUCUAUCCCGGCACGGAAGCGAUAUCCACGUGGAUAUCUAUCAAGAAUCUUAAGCCAAGCUCAGGUUACAUGAUUAAGGACUGUAUGAGGUUUGCCUCUAACGAGCAGGGUGAGGCAAGAAUCUCUGUUCAGCUAGACGGGAGAACUGCUAUCCAAAUUGCCCCAGCUUUAUCAUGA